GAGGAAAGAAAAAAAUCGACUGGAGCACACAAUGCAGUUUCACUGUGGGGUUUAUCCACCCAGGGCUCACCGACUGCAAGCUUUCCGAAUUAAAACGAGCCGCGUAUUCGUCUGAUUUUGACGAUCGGAACUUACCCUAGUGUUUUAGGGAUCCCUGUGGAAGGCGAUUUCGCGAGGGCUGUUCACCGAGACUGCGGCGAAAUAGAGGGAAUAAUUCAGCUUUACACGACUGAGUGGAUUAGACAGAGAGGGCCGCGGGCGGAAGGAGGUGCCCUUCCCCGGCCUACUCCACAGGGCUCGGACUGCGCUCCUGCGGCUGAAACUCGAGCUCGGGGCUUCGGGGCCUGCUGCGGGUCUGAUGGUGUAAUGGAGAAACGAAGCGAGCAGCAGACAGGAGACAGCGAUCAGACGCAUCGGCCACUUCGGAGCGGUGGAUGAAACUGACAAUGUCUUGACAAAAAUUCAGUAACACUGAGGGGAAUAUCCUGAAAUAUAUAAAGUUAAUAGGCCCACAGAUGGACAGACAUGACUCCUAUAAGACAGCCGUCUCCAACUGGUACAAAACUGUAGGUAGGAAUAUUAACUCCACUUUAAACUGGGAUACCAACAUCGGUCAACAAGAUUUUGGGUGUCCUCAGUGAACGUAAGGUCCCUCCCUCCACGGAUCGAGGUGUCAGUGCCUUUCGCGUAGACUUGCAGUACAUUUUUGACAUGGACGGUCCCAGUCGAAGUGGUGGGGUAAGACAGAGCCGUCGCUCCCGUUCUCAACGUGACCGAGAGCGACGGAGAAGAAGAGCAGACCUCGGACCCUCGUCGCCUUCCUCAGCCUCGGACCAGGAGCUUUGCAGAGGAGAUUCUCUUCUUGGUGCUAGUGGUGGAGAAUGUCGCCCCGUCUUUCCUGGUGUCCGGCACCGGCCUCCGCGACGGAGGAAGCGAGAGUCAGUGUCGUGCGAGGAGGAUAUUAUCGAUGGCUUCGCUAUAGCCAGCUUUAUAAGCUUGGAGGCCUUGGAGAUGAACUGUUCUCUGAAGCCGCCAGAGCGAGCAGGAUUGGGGAGGCCAAAUAAAAGGAAGAGAGACGUGGAUGAAAAUGGAGGGCCACUCUCUGAGCCUGAGGAAGGAGCUCCAGCUACACACACCAACAGCAGUGUGGAGAAGCGCCGCUUUGAGAAAAGGAAGAGAGAGGCCAAGGUGUCUGGAAAUCUCAUGGAGACUGGAUACAUUUGUGACACGGAGAGCGAAUCGGGAGAUAAGGCAUCUGACAACGAUAUGGAGCCUACAUUCAUCGUUAGCACUAGAGAAGUGGUGCCCAACCCAGUGAGCAUGGCUUCUACUGUGAGCAACGGCUGCACCCUGUUGCCUUCGAACAAUGGGCCACCCCGUCUGUCUGUGACGCCCCGAGUGUCUGGCUUGGAGCGGAGUCAGGAGAGGAGUCUGGAGCUGCCUUAUCCUGAAGUCACCUCUACCUCGUCCUCUCUGCCUUCCCUUUUGCCCCGCUCCACGGAUGUUGCCCCACAAGCGAACGGAAAUGGUGGACCACAUCACCGCCAUGAUAUCAGUCCCCCACGGCACAAGACUAAGCCGUUCCUCCCUUUCGCUGGCCGGUCACAACCUGCCUACGGUUUAGGGACCAAUAGGAGCAGUACCUCAACCAAGACUCCAUCUUCAUCUGCCUCUUCAUCAUUAAUCCGGCCACCCACGCCGUCUACUAGUGUGUCCUCUGGCCGAGGCCCAUCUGGGGCAGGAGUGCUUCGUCCCUCUUCUCGGCCCAGUCCCAGUGCUCUGUUUACUCCUUCUCCUGGACUUCCUCCUCCACCCCCUCUCCUGCAGGUGUCCCCUCGCUCUGCAACAGAUCAAGAUCCCACCUACCGUCAAGACCUGAACCCCCACUUCCUGGCUUCCCAAAGUGCAGAGGGUAGAGCUUCAGGUAGCAGUGCUGGAGUCAGUGUGAGCUCAGCAUCAGGAGGACCUUCUGCUUCCACCUCCAGCUCUAGCACGUCUAGCAGGUCUUCACAAGCUCAGCCAUCCAUCCCUCCAAUGUACCAGUUCCAUCAACACAACCAUCAGCACCAACACACCCAUACCCACCAACACUUUUUGCAUCCACCUGCUGCGGCACCCCCUAUGUUUGAGAAGUAUCCAGGCAAGAUAGAAGGUCUUUUUCGACACCCAUUUUUCCCUCAGUACCCACCACCUGUGCCUGGAAUUCAGCCGGUACUUCCUCCCACUGGACCACUUAGUUCUCUACAAGGAGCCUUUCAGCCCAAGCUUGUUGCCCUUCAGGGACCUGCCCCAGAGAUGUCUGCUCGUCUUGGUGUGGUACCUCCCCACUUGCAGCCUAAAGACCCUAGGAUUACAGACCCAUUUGCUCCAUCAUUAAAAGUCAGUAAUAAGCCUGGAAAGUGGUGUGCUAUGCAUGUGCGUGUAGCCUGGAUGAUUCUGAGGCACCAGGAGAAAGUUAAGCUAAUGCAGGCUGAUCCUCAAAAGUUGGACUUUCGUAAUGAUUUGCUGCCACGUCUCCCUGGACCAGGCGGUAUUGGAGGAAUAGGGGGAUUAGGACCACUUGGAGGUCCCCUGCCUCCAACCCAUGAACUUUCCAGACCAGGCAGCAUCUUCACAGCUGCUGGUGGAGUCAAUCCGUCCUCCACUCCAUUCAUCUCUCCAUCAACGCCCCACUCCUCUUUCCUCACCCCAGCAACCCACCUGGAUCCAUAUGGCCGCUCACCCCCCUUCCCACCCCUGGGAGCCCUGAGCUCUGGUGCCUUUGGAGGACUUGGUAGCCCCUCAUUAUCUGCUAGUUCUGUUUUUGGACAUAAGGCAGAAUCCUCUGCAAGUGCAGUAGGAGGACUGAGUAAUCCGCAUGAUCCAUGGAAUCGCCUGCAUGUUGCCCCUCCAUCUUUCCCCUCAGGCCCCCCUUGGGCCAAAGGACUGGAGAAAAGGGAUGAAAGAGAUAGAGGGAAAGACCUUGAGAGACGAGAACUUCACAUUAAAGAUGAAAAGGACAGAGAGAAUCUAUAUGGUCGUCCACCUGUGCGAAUGUCUCCCAGUGCCCCCUCCCUCAAGCAUCGCAGCAGCACCCCCAGUUCCCACAUAAAUGGCUUGGGCCUUCUGAGUGCCAGUGCUGGACAAUCUGAUGGACAAAACAGGGACCGAGAACGGGAUCGAGAGAGGGAAAGGGAGCGAGAUCGAGAGCCAGACAAGAGACAGCAUUCAAUGUCAGCCUCCAGAGCACAUGCAUCAGCAUCCUCAGCACCAGACAGACCUCGUUCAUCCACAUCAUCUGUUCUUGCAACCCCUCCUCCAAGCGCCCCCUCAGCACCCUCUCCUCUGGACCUAUUCCCAAGACAACCACAUGCUCUCAACUCAGAUCCCACCCAUCCAUCCCAAAGAGAGAGCAGCGGUCCAGCCUCUUCCUCCUCCUCGGUCAGUUCACUUCCAGUCAAGAAGCCUGAUCGAACCACGACUCCAGUUUCGAAACAACCCCCUGGUCUCUCUGGGCUGCCUCAUCCCCCAGUGAAGAUUAAGGAGGAGAGAAAAGAAGAGACUGAACCUGUGCCCAUCUCCAUACAACACCCAGUUGUACCUCCUCAUAGCUUUGAGAGGCCCAACAGUCGCCACACUCACCAUCCCUCAACCCCCUCUUCAACCCUCUCAUUAACUCCAACACCUGGAGUGCCUCUUCCCCCUCCUACUCCACACCCACCACAUCACCCUCUCUCUCUCCUGGAUCGAUCACGUGCUCUAGAGGCUUACCUCGGUGGAGCAGGUGGUUCGGCCGGACUUGUUGUAGGGCCUCCCACGGAUCGAUUUGCAGUCCAUCCACAUACACCACCCCAGGGUCACUCCCAGGCUCCUCACAGCUUCCCCUGGGAUCCCUGGAGGGAUUUCGCGGCCCAACAGCAUCAACGUCGAGAAAGCGUCUUGGCUUUACGACCAGAUCCCCAUCUAGCACUGCGCUCUGACCCGCACUUGUCCCGUCUACUUCAGCAUCAGCAUGCACGAUACCUGGAGGCAGAACGAGCUGCAGCAGUAGCUGCAGCUGUGGCUGCUGGCCAACAUCAUCCACCUGUUCCCACAUCCAGUGCUGCUUCAUCGUCUGCAGCCAGGCCAGAGUUUGGAUUGAUGUCUCAUCACUUUGAUCGACCUCCUCAGGUCGGUCCUGGUGGUGGGUUGCUGGAUGAGGACCAGCGUGCUCAGAUACUGCGAGAGGACUUUGAGAGAGUGCGGUACUUUGGAAUGCAUCCGCACCUCUCUGCUCCUCACUUGCCUAGCCCAUCUGCGGCCCAUCUAGAACAACUGCAUGCAGGCUUACUGUCUCACCCACAGCUCCAUCCUGCUGGAGCUGGCAAUCCUUCGGCACAUCAACCAAGCAUAUAUUCUCGCUUGAUGCACCCGCAUCACAUCCCAAAUGGAAUUCUUGCCAAGGCACCCGGCCUAAUGCCCUUGUCAGUUGGUGCACCUCCUCCGCUCAUUCCAUCUGCGACUAGGUCCUCCACACCACCACGUGGUUCCAGGCUUGGUGUACCUGGGGAGUUGGCCCUGUUCAAUACACAUAAGGAUGGCGAGUCCAGAUAGUACUAGGUGAGACUGGAGCAGUGAAGGAAUUUACUGCACUUGAACGGCUCUUCCUGGUAAUGGAAGAAUAUGCAGCAACCUAACCUGCUAAAGCUAAAAUGACCGUACAUUGAGUGUUCAGAUGACCUGAGUGGAGGGCAGAGAGACUUUGCAGGGCUGCUCAGUAUAUUUAUCCACUGUGGUUAUAUUGGUGCAAUUUAAGGUACUCUUCCCCCCCAACCCCCCCUUCCUUCCUGUGCUUUUGAUUUAUAAUUACAAUUUUGUUUCUCAAAGAGGCCUGUGGAUGUUCAAAGACUAAAGACGAAGUCCUGUUGUAUGAAGAGAGAUACAUACACAAGCCCUGCAGGCCUGUUUCCAGGCUGAUGGAUCCAGAAUUGUAUUCAGAGAUAACGUUUGCAUUUUAACACCUUGGUUGACAUAUCUAUUUUCCUCUAUGAACUGAUGGCUGUCAAAAAGCCAGCUGUAAAGAUUCAGAUCUGCAUAUGAAGAAGUGAAAAAGGAGACAAAACAGUGGCUGAAGUAGUGCUUCUCAGAUUGUCUAGUGUGUGCUCUGUCUGUAACUAGAGAGAAGAAAAAAGAACUGUUGUAAAAUGAAUUUAAAGAAACACACCUUCAGCUUCCUGUUCUUAAUCAGUCUACAGCAACCAGAGGCACAACUUCCGUGAACGUUACAAUGAACGUCUGCAGAUUUAUUUUAUUUUAUUCUUUAAAAACUAUUAUUAACUGUACAUCUUGUUUGAUAAUAUUUUAAAAUUUAAAAGGAAAAAAACUCAUUCUCCUACACUCUGACUCGAUAUGUGAGCUGGGACAGAAUACAGUAGAAUAGUGAUAUUGCUUUUGUAAUUAUUAUUGUUAACAUUAAUUACCUUAUAUAAUAAACAUAUUCACUGUUUGUCAUAAUGUCAUUGUUUCAGGUCUCACCAGUUGCACUCCCUUUUUAGAAUAGUUUAUUUGAUCCAGGAUAUGGCACAGUACAACUGCUACAAGACAGUAGGGGUUUAAAUGCCAUUGAACUGGGUUUGUAACCAUCACAAAGCCUGCUCCCCAUGUUGUUGGUUGCUGAAUAUAUUUAUAAAUUAAGAGAUUGAGGUGAACUAUGGAAGUCCCCAUGUGAACAACAUCUUCCACAAACGACACAGCUCAGACAGUUAUGGAGCAUCCACUGGACAAAUGGAAUGCUUUGAAAACACGCAGCAGGAUUGAAGGGACUCUUAACCUGAGUACAGGACAUUCUGGGUUAAUUAUUUGAGCAAAAACAAUUUUAUACCUUUUAAAUAUGUUCCCCUUGAAAAGAAAGCAACAAAGAUUAAUUAUUAAACAAAUUGUUGGUUAUUUA